AGGCUGCGAGUGCCGUGCAUCAAGCAAUCUCGUGAUUUUCUCGCACCGAAACUGAACAUGGCGGAUAGUCACUGGGUUUUUGCGGCUGUAAUUCUGGUUAUUUUAGUCACAUUCCCCAACAAGGAUGCAGUUGUUGGUUUGGAUAACGGCUUAGCUCUGACACCACCAAUGGGCUGGAUGGACUGGGAAAGAUUUAGAUGCAACAUCGAUUGCAACAAGGAUCCAGAAAACUGCAUAAGUGAACAUCUGAUCAAGCAGAUGGCAGAUCAUCUUGCUGAAGAUGGUUAUCGAGAUGCUGGAUAUGAAUAUGUUAGCAUUGAUGAUUGUUGGUCAAACAAAAAGCGUGAUUCUUCUGGCAAUCUACAGCCAAACAGUACAAGAUUUCCAAGUGGGAUGAAAGCAUUGGCAGAUUAUUUACACAGUAAAAGACUGAAACUUGGAAUGUAUGCUGAUUAUGGCUUUUUAACAUGUGCUGGUUAUCCUGGAAGCAUUGAUCACAUUGAACAAGAUGCACAAACAUUUGCAAGUUGGGAAGUGGAUUAUCUCAAAGUGGAUGGUUGUUACGCAGACCCUGCUCUGUUUGAUGUUGGCUAUCCAAAAUUUACUCAAGCUCUAAAUGCAACAGGGCGCCCAAUAUUACUCAGCUGUGAAUGGCCCGAUUACCAGUCCAGAGCUGGAAUAAAGCCUGACUAUGCUGCUAUUGCUAGAAACUGCAACACCUGGAGAAAUUACCAAGAUGUGCAGGACUCGUGGAAUAGUGUUCUAGGAAUUUUGGAUCAUUUUGCCGAGAACCAAGACACGUUCGUUGCAGCGGCGGGACCUGGGCACUGGAAUGACCCAGAUAUGCUUGUCAUCGGUGAUUUUGGGCUAAACUACGAACAAUCUAAAGCACAGUUUGCACUUUGGUCAAUCCUAGCCGCACCACUUAUCAUGUCCAAUGAUUUGAGGAAUAUCUCAAAGGAAGCCACAGACAUUCUUCUAAACAGAGAAGUAAUUGCUGUUGAUCAAGACAAGCUGGGAAAAAUGGGCAGAAGAGUGUUCGCUGAAAAAGAUCUAGAAGUGUGGUCACGUGCCUUGUCUGAUGGCAGUGUGGCUGCUGUGCUGUUUAAUCGCAACGCAGGCUCAGCUCAGGAAAUCAAAGCUGAUUUUGAACUGAUUGGAUUGACAUCGAAGACGGCCUCUGUCAGAGACUUGUUUGCUCGUGAAGACUUGGGUCAGUUUACCAAUUUCUUUAGUGCCAAAGUAAAUCCCUCAGGGGUGGUCAUGGUGAAGUUGUCACCGGUUAAAGACGCCUUCUUUUAACUAUCAGCAGCAGAAUCUGAAGUGAUGUGCUCCUGUCAAAUGGUUUUUUACACAUAGGGAUUGGAAAUUAUCAAUUGAUUUUAUUUAAUUAUAUCCGGCUCCAAUUUUUAGUAGAAGUUCAAUAACGCAAUUUUGAGCUACAGUUGGUUGAAUGUUUCAAAUAGGGAAGACGCUGUACUGAAGAAACACUUAGAAAGUUUGCUUUUGUGGCUAGUCUUAAAAAAAUAGAUAACUGUUUAAUUAUAAUCUUUCGUAACAGACCGAACGUUUCAGAAUCGGUGAAGAAUUACGCAAGUAUAUUUUGGAAGUGUUACGUUUACUGACUGCCAAUACUAUGAGCUUUUUGAUAAUGAAAGAAACAAUUGAAAAUUAUGUUUUGAAAUUUAUUAAUCAAUUUCAACUGAUUAGUAUGGCUGGAGCAAGAAAAUGAAGAAGACCAAUUUCCCUUUCAAAAAUUAGCGUGAUAUCUAAUUUAAACUUAGGAGUGCAGAAGGGAUUUUAUUCACUUUGCGAGAACGGGAAAUGAACUGCAUCGUGUGUUCGAUCAGUAAAACACUGAUCAGCUAACAAAUAAUUUUGGCUAGGCUUAAAUAUUCUUAGUGAAAAAAUAUUUUAUUUUCUCCUGGCUUGUACACACUCAGUGGACAGAAGAACCUAAAUUUUCUAGUACUUCUGGAAACUUUUCCAUGAGAAUCGUCAUUAGUCUAUCUAUGUAGUUCUUCAUUGAACGAUUCUCGUCAGCCAAAUCUGAAAAAAAAAAUAGAAAACUCGAGCAAUUUAUGUUUUAACCCAAACUUAAUUAACAUCUGUCAAUUGAGACUUUUGAAAUAGUUUAAUAAAUGAAAUUCCUUUAAGUCCAA